GAUACUGGACAUGGGCCAGCAACUAUCACAAAGCUGAUUAAAGAACAGCCGGGAGACGGGGAAUCAGGCUUGUGUAGCCCAUUAGAUGCUCCAGCUGGUGGUGGAGUGGUUGAGACCAACGGUGUUGACCUGGGCUUGUCAGAACUGCAGCAGCUGAGGUUAAAGCUAGAGCAGAAGAGAAAAGAAAUUGAGAGGAAGAAGCACAGACAGGAAAUCCAGCAAAAUAAGAUGAGGCAAAGACUGGGUAAAGCUGCCUUUAUGCGAGUGGUCUCCAAGCAUUUAGAAGGAAGUGAUGAGGAUGAAUUGUGUGACCUUCCAGACACAAGAAGAACAGAGUACCUAUCUACAUCAGCUCAAGCCCAGCUGCAGGCUCGUUUAGGACACCCUGUGGUUGGCGUGUACAGGAGUCAGUCUCGCACUCAGCAGUACCCGGUACAAAUGAACAUUGGCUCUGGAAGUCAGAGUGCCUUCACUGACUGGCAGACACAGAGCCUGUUGUCUAAAGUUGGAGGUGCAGCAGCUCACAGACCAGCAAAUUUAGACCAAACACAGCAACAGCUUCUCACGGCCCAGGCUGAAAUAUCUGUUGCUGUCAAUGCAACCUUACAUACUUCAGCCUUAUCUCAAGCACCAAGGCCAUUUUCUAGAGAGGGUAUUCAGCAGACCAUUGAUAAUGUUAAGAAUAAGUAUUUUAAAACUGAUAAUGUGUCUGCUCGAGGAAAAAGUAGAGAAGAAGUAGAUGUUUUUGAGGGAGAUUCUUACAGACCUCCUGGCCAUGACCACAUUGAUGGAGACAGUUUUAGAUUUCUGGAUCAGAACCAAGGUCCUUCUGGAUCUCACCGUGAUUUCCCUAGUUUAGGUGUUUUAAAGAGCGUACAUACUCACAGUGUCACUCCUCCCAUUCCCAUCCCCGCACGAGAAGCUGCAUCUUCUCCAUCAGCAGUUUCUGAGUUGGAUAAUCUGGGUUAUGAUUCGUCCUUAGACAGACUCAACAGUAGCUUAACAGAACUGCAGGGAGAGAUCAUGAGGUUGUCCCUCCAGCAGGAAAAACUGGGGGCAGCCCAGCCGCUAGUUAGUGUAGAACCCAGCAUCAUUUCUUCAGGACCAAGAGAAGUUCCUCCCAGCAUGCCGCCAUCCCUACGUCAUGGGAUGAUGCAGGAACCUCAGCAUGUGACAGAAACAUCAGUGGCCAGACACGAAGUACUUUCAUUGCAGCAACAGCAGCAGCACCCAUCAGCUGCAAUUACUUAUAUGCAUGACUCUAAAACAGCUGCUGACUUUAUUGAUUUCCAGCCUUCAUUAAUGGAUACUUCUCAGACAAGAGAGCUAAUACCUGAUUCUCUUAGGCAACAUAUAAGUGAGGAUUCUGAAAGUGCUACUGUCACAGUGGACAACUUCUUUGUUUCACUUGGUGGUGCCUCACAAAAGCAGCCAAAUCUGAAAUCUGAGGAGAAUAUCGGUAGAAAACUUCAGUUCUCUAAAAAGGAGGCAUCCAGCAUUUCUUUUGAGGGUGCAACUGAUGUCUUCAGUACUGCUGAUAUUACUGCUAAAGUAGCAGCAGCCUUAGCUGGCCAGGCUGUACUGGACACAUCAUCUCUUCAGAAGAGUGACCACGCUGGUGAUGAUUCUAUCCCAAAAGUUGGGUUUAUUAUCAAAGAUGAGGCUGCCAUA